AUGGAGAUUUCAGAAUUGGGUGGAAGCAAACGGUUCAAGCUAACGGAGGCGUACACUGUCGAGGAUCUUGGACUACCACGACAAACCGUGAAAUUUGCAGAACUCGCAACACGGUUAACUCAUCUUAGCAACCUUCCAGUGAAGAGUUUUGAAUCCGCUGCGCCAGGAAUACUUAUUGGGCUGAGUAAUGCUCAUCAGCUAGCUACACUGAAACUGCGGCAGGGCAAGUCAAACGAGCCGAAGACCAGGAUUGGCUGGGCAGUAUGCGGCAGUCUGCGGAAGCCACAAGCUAAUACUCUGCAUAGACAACUUUAUAUGAAUGCUAAAUCGACAAAUGUUGAUCUUCACGAGUACGUUCGGCAUUUCUUCGACAUCGAGAGUCUGGGUGUAGCGGUUGUACCAACUGUGAAAGGAGUAGAAGAACAGCGCGCUUACAAGAUUCUAGAAGAAACUACGCGACGGUUAGACUGCGGGAAGUACGAAACAGGCCUGCUCUGGAAGCAUGACUAUGUAGAGUUUCCAGACAGCAGGCCUAUGGCCGAACGACGCUUCAAAUGUCUUGAAAAACGUUUGGCGCGGAAUCCAGACCUGUACGACAGCGUCCGUCGACAAAUAUUCGACUUUAAAUCCAAGGGCUACAUAAGCGAAGCAACGGAGGAGGAACUCGAAGAAUUCGACCUACGACGAACAUUGUUUUUGCCGAUUGGAGUGGUCGUCAAUGAGAAUAAACCGGGAAAAGUAAGAGUAAUCUGGGAUGCAGCAGCGAGAGUGGAAGGUGUAUCGUUGAACUCAAUGCUGCUCAAAGGACCGGAUCUUUUGACGCCGUUACUGUCAGUAAUGUUUCCAUACCGGGAACGCCAAGUUGCCGUGGCAGCAGACGUCAAGGAGAUGUUUCUACAAAUGUUGAUCAGAAAACAGGACCGCAGCGCUUUGCUGUUCCCUUACAGGGACUCUCCUGAGUUACCGAUGACCAUCAUGGUCUCCAAUGUGGCAAUAUUCGGAGUGGCAUGUUCUCCAACGCACUCGCAGUACAUUAAGAACAUGAACGCAUCAGAGCAUGAAUUGGAGCUACCUAGAGGAGCAGCAGCAGUGAAGAAGAGACACUAUGUGGAUGACUACGUGGACAGUUUCGAUACAGCGGAAGAAGCGUUCGAAGUUGCUAAGGAAGUUAUCGAAGUACACAGGCGCGCGGGAUUCCAUAUCCGCAACUGGAUGUCAAGCGACAGAACCGUACUUGACAAUUUAGGAGAAGAAAACCUGAAGCAAUCGAAAGUCAUGUUGCCGGAUAAGGAAGCUAGAUUCGAGCGCGUGCUGGGAAUGGCGUGGUUGCAAGAAAAGGACGUCUUCGUAUUCUCGUUGCAGUUUUGUGAGAAAGUGAGAGACCUGGUGGACGGUACUACGAUUCCCACAAAACGGGAGAUGUUGCGACUCGUUAUGAGUAUUUUUGACCCUUUAGGAUUGGUGGCAUCAUUUGAAAUCCACGGAAAAAUCCUAAUUCAAGAGGUAUGGCGGACGGACACAAAUUGCGACGACAGGAUUCCAAUGGAGAUCGCCACGCGCUGGAUAGAUUGGAUAGCGGUACUCAAGAAGAUUGAAGGACUGCGUAUUCUUCGUUGCUAUUUUCCGAACUACAAUCCAGACAGCUUCAAAUCUCUUGAACUUCACGUGUUUGUGGACGCUAGCGAACAGGCCUUUGCAGCGGUUGGAUACUUCCGUAUAAUAGACAACGGUCAGAUCAGAGUCGCUUUAGUGUCGUCGAAGACGAAAGUGGCACCACUUCGAGGACUUUCGAUACCACGUCUGGAAUUGAUGGCAGCUUUACUGGGAGCUCGCUUGCGGAGGACUAUUGAGCAAAAUCAUUCGUUGAAUAUACGGAAAACUUGCUUUUGGAGUGACUCAUCAACCGUCUGUUCGUGGAUCAAAUUGGAUGUUCGACGAUAUCGCCAGUUCGUUGCCUUCCGGGUCAACAAAAUACUGGACCUGUCGAGCGUUUACGAAUGGCAGUGGAUUUCAACUAAGAUGAAUGUGGCUGACGCGGCCACCAAGUGGGGAAAAGGUCCCGCUUGCAAUGUUGACAGUCGCUGGUUUCAGGGACCUGACAUCCUAUACAACGUUGAAACAGAAUGGACGAAGGUUCCAGAAGAAGGCACAGAUGAAAGUGACAAGGAAUUGCGGGAGGCGUUCGUGUGCAGUCAUCUAGUCAGACAACCGCUCCAGUGGGGCGACCGCCAGACGUUCCGCCCCACGAUGACUCAGACGGGAGGUCUCCUGGGGAACCUGCACUCGCUGUCCUCCGCCAGGGUGAUGCCGAUAGGGAUCAUUCCGGCGAUAACGCAUACUGCUUCCGACGAGCAGCUUCUGUACGCACUCACGACUUGCAUGGCCAUGAGCUGGAACAUAUUGCUCGAUUUCCUUUGGUUCUGCUUUGUUUCCAGCGCUGCAACCCAGGAUGGACUUCCAUAG